AGAGAGAGAAAGGAAAAAAAAAAAGAAAAGAAAGAGAGCACUAAAUUAGCUCAGCUGCAUCAAAAAUGGUUUUAUAUUUCUUCAACAACAAUAUCAAGAACAGUAAAGAUCUCAGCUGAGAAAACCCCAAAAGAAGCCAUGGAAGGAGGAAAAGGUAAAGGAGAAACCAACACUUGCACCACCACCACCACCACCACCACCACCACCACCACCACCACAACCUCAAAUUCUAAACAACCACAACAAGUGGUGGGAGCACCACAGAAUCAACAACAACAACCCGGUCCUAGAAGAAGAAAUGGUGCCCUAAAACGAAAAGCAGCAAAUAAUUCAUCUUCAGCUGGACCAUCAAAACGUUUAACCAGAGAAAGAAACAACCUAAUUCCUCAUCAUAUUCUUUAUAAUAAUGGUCCUAUAACUCGAGCUCGUCAAUCUCCAAAUAAAUUUGGUGCUUCUGAAUCUUCUGCUGCUGUUUCUGCUGGUGGUGGUGGUGGCGGUUCUGGUGUCACUUCGUCUUCCACAGUGUCUACUCCACAAAAUCUCAACGACCCUUUACCUAAUCCCGUGUCAUCUGUUGGUGGAGAAAUUAUCAACACCAUUGAAGAAUCUAAUAAGACUAAAUACGAGGAAUUAGAAAGAGAUUUAGAGCCUGUUAUUGAUGCGGAGUUUGAAGCUGUUAGAUCUCAUGGUGAUGUUGCUCAUGUUAUUCCUACUCAUGCUGGUUGGUUUUCAUGGGAGAAAGUACACCCACUUGAGGAACAUGCAUUGCAGUCUUUCUUCAACGGGGAAUCGGAGAAACGGACUCCUGAUUCUUACAUGGAAAUUAGGAAUUUAAUUGUUAAGAAAUUUCAUGAGGAUCCAAAGGCUUCAUUCGACCCAAAAGAUUUGUCGGAGCUCUCUGCUGGGGAGUUGGAUGACAGACAGGAGGUGAUGGCAUUUUUGGAUCACUGGGGUUUGAUAAAUUUUAAGCCAUUUCCACUCGCUGAUGCUAGUAUGGCUCUUCCUGAUGGCGAUGGAGCUACCAAGACAUCUUCACUGGUUGAAAAAUUGUAUCAUUUUGAAGCGGUUGAAUCUCGUCCAUGGGGAAGUUUUAAGCCAGAUUUAGCUGCACCUGUCUUGCCUCCGAGGUUGUAUCCAGAAUCUUUCAUUGCUGAGGAGGUGAGGCCAGAGGGACCUGCUGUUGAGUACCAUUGUAACUCAUGCUCAGGAGAUUGUUCCCGCAAGCGUUACCAUUGCCAGAAGCAGGCAGAUUUCGAUCUAUGUUCUGAGUGUUAUAAUAAUGGGAAGUUUGAUGCUGGAAUGUCGCAUGCUGAUUUCAUUCUCAUGGAAUCUGCAGAACCGGGUGUAAAUGGUGGGAGUUGGACAGAUCAGGAGACUCUUCUCCUUCUCGAAGCCUUAGAAUUAUUUGGACCAAACUGGAGUGAGAUUGCAGAGCAUGUUGCCACAAAAACUAAAACCCAAUGUAUCUUGCAUUUUGUUCAAAUGCCAAUUGAGGAUUCCUUUUUUGAAGUUAAGCCAGCUAAGGAUGAUGUUGAGGCUAAUCUCGAGGCGAAUAUAGUUACGGGUUCAAGUGCUAAUGAUUUAUCUGGUUUGAAAGAUGCUCCUGACACAAAGGAGAGCAAAGUUGAGCCAGAUAUUGAUUCAAAUUCUGUGAAGAUUAUUCCUGACACAACUGAGGGCAAAAGUGCUACCGGUUCUGAUUCACCUGCUAAAAAAGAAGCUCUUGCUGAAACAACCAAAGACCAGAGUGUGACUCAUGAAGAGCAACCUUUGUCUCCCUCAAUGAACAUUUCAAAACCGAAGGAUACCAUUGAAGUAAAUCUCGCUGUGGAAACAAGUGCUAACAUUGCACUGAAUGCUCUGAAGGAAGCAUUCCAGACUGUUGGUUCUCUUCCAGAACCUGGAGAGAAGUUUUCAUUUACGGAAGCAGGGAAUCCUGUCAUGGCAUUGGCAGCGUAUCUUGCUGGUUUGGUGGAAUUUGAUUAUGCAGCUGCAUCAGCUCGCAGUUCACUAAAAAUUAUAUCUGACCAAUCUCCAGCCAUUCAGUUAGCCGCAAGGCACUGUUUUGUCCUUGAAGAUUCAACAGAUACCGGAAACAUCCCUUCUGUCAUUGAAAGCUUUGAUGUGGAAAUGUCCGAUAAGGUGGUUCAGAAUGAGGAGCAAAACAUCCAGGAAAACAGUACAUCUGUUUUGGAUGGAAGUUCCACAACUACAACUUCCCCUAAAAAGAAGUUAGAGGAAGCAAUUCAAAAUGAAAAAGAGUCUUUGUUUUCUUCAGGUGAUGAAGGCAAAUCUACUCUGAGUAGUGCAAAAAAAUUAGAUGAUGAAACUAUUCCUCAAGAUGACACACCAGUGGUUGAGGAGCCUAGUGAUUCAGCUUUGCCUCGUGAGGAUACACCAAGCAUUGUAAAGGAGUCUAGUGAUUCUACUUUGCCGCAUGAGGAACCGGCAAGUACUGCGACAGAGUCGGUUGAUGUGCCAUUACAAGCUCAGGCUACACCAAGCUCAGUAAAGGAAUCUAGUGGUGCAGUGGAAGAGGCCUCUGAGUGUCCUGAGGCACCAGAGGCUGUCGAUAAGUUGUCUAAUACAGCUUCCUUGGAAGCAAAAGAGUUUAAACAAGCAGCUGCAUGUAAUUUAACAGUCGAGAAUGGUGAAAAUACAGGGAACGACGAUAAAAAAGUGAUUGGUAUCAAGGAAGAGAAGGAUAUUGGCUUGAACAAAAACAAAGAUGACCAUAAUAUCCAAAGAAUAAAGCGUGCUGCAAUUACUGCCCUGUCAGCUGCCGCUGUAAAGGCAAAGCUUCUUGCAAAGCAGGAAGAAGAUGAAAUCCAACAACUAGCUACAUUUUUAAUUGAUAAACAGUUACAGAAGUUGGAGCUAAAGUUAUCUUUCUUUACGGAGAUGGAAAGUGUGAUCACAAGGGUUAGGGAACAAAUGGACAGAUCGAGACAAAAACUUUACCAAGAAAGGGCCCAGAUAAUUGCUUCACGGCUUGGCUAUCCUGCUUCUGCGUCCAGAACAGUGAUACCAUCAUUCCCUACUAACAGAGUUGCAAUGAGUUACGCAAACGCAUUGCCAAGACAGCAACCCGGUACAAACUUUCAAAGGCCACAAAUGAUGACAAGUAUGGUGAGACCAUCAGGUCCUCACCUUUCUACCCCAUCCAUUCCUAGCAGGACUGUUGCAGGUGCUUCACCUAAUAAUACGUAAUCAGAAACCUUUCUUCGGUUGGUAAAGUCAUAUUUUUCCAUUGGCACUUAGGUGAUGUAAUUAUUCCGAUGAAUCAAGUAAGCCAUUCUCUCUAGAAAACCAGUUGUAUUACCAUAUUUGUAAUACAUGUCACAUAAAACAGAUGAAAGCUUGUUGGCGUAUACAGGAUUGGCCCUGAACAAAGUGACCAAAGUGUUGCAUUGGUCGGGGCCUAAUUUUUUGGAGCUUCCAGUUUCACACCCUUUUUAAAGUUUGUCUUAUGUGUACUUUUAACCGCUUAUAACCGAUUAUAAAAGGACUCUCAUGAAAGCGUGACAGAGAUUUGGAUGA